AUGAAGUCCUUUGUCUACAUAUCUGCGGGUUUUCUGUCACUUGUUUCAAGCACAGAGGCUUAUAGGCCCAGUCGGCCGAACGAUCUUGACUUCACUCAAGCCCAGGCCGAGGCCCAUAAUUGUGGCCUGGUUUGCCAGCAAAAUCUACGACAAUAUGAAGUAUUGGACCGUCAGGUGUUUGGCGAUGUUCCCUUCGACUAUGAAUUCUACGAGACGGCGGCCAAUUUCAGCCACUCACGGCCUGGUGACAUGCUGAAACUUCGGCAACAAAAUGCAUCUGCGUAUGACAUCCCCCCUGGGACUUCAUUGUGGACUAUGCAGUACACAUCCGUCGGAGUUAAUGGGACGAAUGUACCGGCGACUGCUUUCAUUGCCCUUCCCUAUACGAAAGUUCCGGAACACAAGACCCCUCUAGUCGCAUAUGCCCAUGGGACCAUUGGAGUUGUCUCUGCCUGCGCUGCAUCCUCAUCCUACAACGGAUUUGAUUAUCACAGCUGGCAGCUCCUCACUGGUCCCGGGUAUGCUGUGGUUGCUACAGACUACGCUGGCCUGGGAAACAACUAUACUUCUCACAAGUACGGCAAUCCAGUACUCAACUCCGAGGACACCUACUUCUCAGUGGUUGCUGCUCGCAAGGCCUUUCCAGGAGCUUUCACAGAUAAAUGGGCUGCUGUUGGCCAUUCGCAAGGCGCUGGAACUGUUUGGGGACUGAGUGAGAACCCCCGUGUCGUUUCCAAAGAGAGCGGCGAUUACCUAGGGGGUGUUUCAAUUGCUCCUAGCUCCAGAUUGAAUGAUAUUCUCACAGCUGUGCCGCUUAAUGUGGGAUGGGGCUUUGGUAAUGAGGUCGUGAAUAUAUUUCAGGCCUUGAAAUUCCCGAUCCAGCCGAUCGUGUUAACCCCGGAAGCCCUGAAACGUUAUCCCCUUAUGUAUGAGCUUCAGCUUUGCGACACCUCGCAAGCUGAAUUGAAUGCAGACCUUCCAAACCAUGGCAUUGUGGACUUUACACCUUCCAUUACUCAACACAAUCAUGAAGCCUAUAUCGCAUUUCAAAACAAAUACGGCGCAGCUACUGGGAGAAAAGGGUACAAGGAGCUUCUCGUUAUUCAAGCAAUCGAUGAUGAGGUUAUAAAUGUUAAUGCUACAAAGGCUGCGUACGAAGAUGCAUGCAAAAUAGGCAAUAUCGUUCACCUGAGUUUAUAUCCGGGCCUUGAUCAUGAUUCUUCAGUCGCAGCAUCAUCUCCGGAAUGGCUAGAAUGGCUCGACAACAAGUUUACGGGUGUGGCAACUCGGGACUCUCACAAAUGUGUCAUGGAGACGAGGAGUGUUUUGCUUGAUACUUCGAGAUGA